UAAUUGUUGCCAUAGAAUCCAUCCAUUUGGCAGAUUGCAGAGUUUAUUCUGUGAUGAUGGAGAGAAUUCAUGGACAGCUCCCUCCCUGGGUAAUGUAUAUACAGUAUGCCAAUAUGGCAUAAUGUGGGGCUGCCAGUCACAAUUGGCAAUGUCAUUUGGUGAGGAGCAAAUACCAGACAAAGGGAAACUUCAAUGCACUGAGAACAAGUGCUUAGUAAGUGGUGCCACUCAAAAGCCUCCAUCAUUUAACAUUCUUGUGUUUCUAUUAAGCUUCAUGCAUUAUUGGAGUCCCCAUUGUAAGUUUCCCUGUAUGUCUGGUGGACCUAUGAUAGACUGUUGUUCUAUCCAAAGGCAUAUGCUUUGGGCUUAAUGCCACAUCCUGGACAUCAGAGCUCAGAUCUCGAUAACACAUAGCUGAUAAAAUGAACAAUAAGGAUGUCAACCAAAUUUUAAUUUCUCAGGAAGUAGGUCUAUUGAUUUUCCCAGGUAAAAUAAACUCAAAUCACAGCGUACCAGGGUAAUAGAUAAGAGGGUAUGUUAUACACCCACUGGGCAUACAGAAAAGUCUUUGUUUAUUGAAACGUUCAAAUGCCAUGCCUUUCAUUCCAGCUAUGGAAUGAAAGGCACGGCAAUUCCAUCAAUAACAUUCUAUGAUUGCAUCAUGCGGUAUCUGUAUUUGCAUAAUGAAGGGGAAUUAUUUUGUCUGUCAGUGCCAGGAGAGUUUUUACCAUUUUUACAUUGGCCUCGUUCCAGCUAAUAAGGUAUUAAAGUAGUCGCCACCAAUGCAAGGGCUCACUGCUGAUAGGUACAUUGUGUCUUCUGGACCAAUUCUUAUGCAAGAAAAAUGUCUGAAACAGCUUUGAGAAUCAGUUCCCUUGACUACCUGAAGGAGCUCAAUACCAAGCUUCACCACACAUCGGACUACCUGACCACAGCUCUGACCGUACGGAGGGGGCAGAGCUUUAAGUUACGCCUGCAACUGAGCAGAGAGCUCAACCCCCAGGACCAGGUGGUGCUUCAGCUCAGCGUGGGUGAUCGCCCCCUGCAGGCCAAGGGGACACUCGUGCUGAUCCCAGCUCGGCAUGAGUCAGAAGCAGGGCAUUGGGGUGCCACCAUCAUCCACACGUCCCAGAACCAGUGCGAAGUUGAUGUGAGGACAGCCCCUAAUGCUAUUGUGGGAAAGUACUCCCUAAUGUUGAAGAUUGGUGAUGAUUAUACCUACCAACCGCAGCACAGUUACUUCUACCUGCUGUUCAACCCCUGGUGUAAAGAUGAUGAUGUGUACCUCCCUGAUGAAAACGCCUGUGGCGAGUAUGUGCUCAGUGAUAUGGGCUACCUCUAUGUUGGCCACAACACUGACAUCAAAGAAAGACCAUGGAACUUUGGCCAGUUUGAGGAGGGGGUGUUGGAGGCGUGUAUGGAGCUGCUGGAUAAGAGCAAGCUGGGCCAAACUGCCAGGAGUGACCCUGUGAGACUAUCCAGGGCCAUGUCUGCACUGGUGAACUCUAAUGAUGACCGUGGGGUCCUAAUGGGAAACUGGUCCGGGAAGUAUCUCCAGGGGACAUCCCCACUCAAUUGGACUGGCAGCUCAGCUAUCCUGCUUCAAUACAAGCAGAGCAAGGCCCCUGUCAAAUACGGGCAAUGCUGGGUGUUCUCCGGAGUCCUCACUACAGUGAUGCGCUGUCUGGGGAUCCCAGCCAGGAGUGUGACCAAUUUUAACUCCGCCCAUGACACAGACGGGAACCUGACCAUAGACAUCUACAUCAACAUGAAAGGAGAGCAGCUGGACAAAAUGACUUCUGACUCCAUCUGGAACUUCCAUGUGUGGAACGAUGUGUGGAUGAAACGCCCAGACCUGCCAGGAGGUUAUGAUGGUUGGCAGGCCCUGGAUGCUACUCCUCAGGAGGAAAGUGGAGGAAUCUACCAGUGUGGCCCAUGUCCUCUCAAGGCUAUAAAGAAUGGCGAGGUUCACCUGCCCUAUGACGCCAGGUUCGUCUUUGCUGAGGUGAACGCAGACCGUGUGCUGUGGAGGGUGGAAGGCCCUGGGCAUACUGCUACCAAGGUGAAGGCGCAGCAGAACGUUGUGGGGCUGAACAUCAGCACCAAGGCAGUGGGGCAGGAUCGCAGAGGGGACAUCACUCUGCUCUACAAGUUCGCUGAAGGCAGCAAAGAGGAAAGGAAGGCGAUGGAUAAAGCCUGUGCCAUUUGCUCUGAAGCUGGUCCCUCUGAGGAACCUCGCAACUUGCUGCUGGAGGUGAAGAGUUCUGGCCCUACCAGCCUGGGCUCUCCAAUCAGCUUCUCCAUCAAUCUCGAGAACCUGCUGCCGCGCCCACUCACUCUCACCCUCACAGCUGCUGCCCAGCUCCAGGCUUACAACGGCUCGACGAUUGCCACAGUGAAGAACAUGCAGCAGGAAGUGACUAUUGAGGCAACGAAAGGCACUUCUAUUCCAUUGAAAAUAGAGGUACAAGAGUACCUGCCUCAACUGUCAGAUGCAAAUGACAACCUGCACCUCCAUGUCACUGUUAUGGCUGAGUGUAAGGACCCCAGCUUUAUCUGCACUGAAAACACCAUCAUCAGCUUUGGGUAUCCUCCAAUUAAAGUGGAGCUUCCUGACACUGCCAAGCUUGGUAAAAAAUUCACUGGAACUUUCACAUUUAAGAACACUACGGGUGUUGCCAUGGACAACUGCAAACUCCUAGUUGAGGGCCUGGGCCUCUUCAAAUUGGCAACCUUCAACCAAGGGAAUAUUGCAGUUGGCAGGAUCUUCCGGUCAGAGAUACUGUGCACCCCAUACCGAACUGGAAGGCGGAAGAUUAUUGCCAAGAUCAUCUCUGACCAAAUCAGUGGGAUCACGGCUGAGGGGUUUGUUAAGGUGGAGUGAAAAAUCACAAGCAGGCUUGGUUUUAAAAGGUCAGAAUGAUAGGUAUGGUCUGGGGUGGAGGAAGGUGGGGAGAAGAGCUUCUAAAUAAUGAAGUAUGGUUGCUCACUAAUGGGAUAUAUAUGUAUUUGAUAGAGGGAAAUAUUUAUGUAGAAUAUAUUAUACAAAUGAGAACCCCAAAAUCUUUUUGGAUCAAUAAGAAAGUAGUAUGCAACACACAACACAGCAAUAUUACAGCAAGAUAAUGCUGCAAACACAAUUAGCUAAACCAAACAAUUGAGGAAACCAAAAAAUAUUUCAAAUGAGUAAGACAUGAUACAGUACACUAGUGUAUGUAUCAUGUUACCUCUUGUUCCCUGUAUGACUAUAUAAAAUCGACAGAGGGGUUUGACAUGACUUCAUAGUUUGUUGUGCAAGUCAGCCAUACAGACAGAUUCAUACUGUUGUUGUGUGUGGGGAUUUGCUGGUGCUUCUAUAUGUGUUUUCUUUCUAAAGAAACUCAGAUUUAGGUUAAGGUGAUGAUGAUAUUAUGAAAUGAUAAGGUGAAAAGGAAAGCGUGAAUUUAUAACCUGGGCUGUCUAAUC